UCGCUCGGCUCGGCUGGUGGAGGGGUCAAUGAAUGAAGUGAGAGGGCAAAUUUACAACCAAUCGAUUUCUUUGUGAUCCGGUGGGCUUGACGACAGCGGAGGGGGAAACAGAAGACAAAGAGGGCGGGAAGGGCGCGAGGGGGGGAGGGGGGGAGGGGGAGGGGGGGAAGGGGUAACGACGGCCACGUGUCAAUCUGGCGCCUAUGCUGUACAGUUCGGUUCCGAGUCCGCGAUCAGGUCCGGCACCAAGUCCCCGAUGGGGUCCCGGUCGGAUGCUGCGGCGGUCCCGAUUUGGCCAGCCGCGGGGGUCGGCGCUGGCGGGAGGGGGCGCGUGCUCCGUGGGGUACAUGGUGAUGAUGGCGUUGGCUAUGGUGACUUUCAUCGUCCUCAGCAACGAUCUCUUGUUCGUUUUGAAAGGAUCCGUCCAUCGGCACCCCUCAGAGUUUCUAGAGGACGACAAUGGCGAUCGCUUCCCAAGGAGAGAGACACCAAGAAAUGAACAGAGAGAGAGGCGGGAGACGGCCAAGGGGACUCAGCAUAGAUUGAAGCCCCGGAAGAACAAAGCUGAAGGAGCGGAGGAAGACGUAGGUUUAGCAUUGAAUCUCGAAGGGCAGCGACAUCAGAAGGGGAGAAGUUUCGGCACUAGGGAAUGGUUAGGGGGUGACGGCCAGGAAGGUCGGAUGCGAGUGGAAGAAGCGAACCGUAAUGGGAUUCUUGAUGGUGGUGAUGAGAACGACGAUGACACUGUUGAUUUUGAUGACGAAAUUGAAGAUCCAAACAGAGUUUUGGUGAAAGGAAACUCUGUUCGUGAGCACGAGCAGAGGGAGAGAAGCGCUUUGGAGCAACCUGGUGAGGAGAGAGACGACGACGAUAGCGGUGCUGAAGAUGGCGCUGAGCGUAGAAGGGAGGGAAGGGUGAAUGGGAAUGAAGUUGGUGGGAUGCUGGGGAGGGAAGUGGAUCGUGGAGAUGGUGGUGUUGGCAUGGGGGGGGUUGUAGCUGAUGAUGGUAUUGAUGAGACUGGUGCAACUGAUGCAAAGGAAGGAACACAAGAAGGCACUCGUUACGUAGCUAGACUGACAGUUGACAACGCAGGAAACCAGCUGCAGGUGGAGGAUCAAUCAGCUGCCAAGGAGGGCAAAGAGGUGUCGCAGCUGCUGAAUACGGUGAAGCACAAAAAAAAAAAGAAGAGGAGGAGGGGUACACCUGCCAUGCAUAAGAAAUCCACUUGUCCUGUUGACUUGGUGAAUGAUCCUGAGUUGCUGAAAGAGCCAGAAGUUGACCCACGAUUCAAGCAGUUUUCCUUGUGGUAUGUUCCGCGGGAAGAUUCGUUGGAAUCAAAGUUCGGUGGACACCCAACUGAGGCAGAUUGGGAGAACAGCUACCGUGCUGUGGACCAACGUUUGCAUUGUGGAUUUGUUGAUGGGGUUAAUGGCAGCUCCGGAUAUGACUUGGAUGAGAAAGAUCGUGAGUGGAUGAGGAAGUGCGACUAUGUUGUCUCAUCGGCUAUUUUUGGCAACUGGGACCAAAUCAAGGCCCCGGAGGAGACCGAGAUAUGGCAGCAAUCAAGGGACCGUGUGUGCUUUGCUAUGUUUGUGGAUCAAGUGAGCUUGGAUGGGAUGAUAUCAGAUGGCACACCUCCAGAUGUUGAUGGCAAGGUGGGGUUAUGGAGAGUCAUUUUGGUUCGCAACAUGCCAUUUGUUGACCCCAGGCGGACAGGGAAGAUACCGAAGCUGCUUGCUCACAGGCUGUUCCCUCAAGCAAGGUACUCUAUCUGGAUUGAUAGCAAGCUUCGGCUCAGGGUAGAUCCCAUGAGGAUAUUCGAGUGGUUUCUUUGGAGAAAGGGUUAUGAGUAUGCGAUUGCCAAUCAUUAUGCACGCCAUUGCCUGCAUGAUGAGGUGGCAAGGAACAAAAAGUUAAACAAGUAUAACCACUCAGCGAUCGAUGCACAGUUUCAGGCAUAUGUAAAUGAUGGGAUGAACCCAUACAAUUAUUCCGACCCCGAUGGCUUGAUUCCCAGCCAGGUUCCGGAAGGAUCUGUCAUCAUACGCGCACACACGCCAAUGUCGAACCUCUUCUCGUGCCUGUGGUUUAAUGAGGUGGACAGGUGGACGUCACGGGACCAGAUCAGCUUCGGAUACGUAUUCCAACGGCUGAAUAGGAUGAACCCGCAGAAACAGUUUUACCUUGGAAUGUUCAAAGACUGUGAGCGGAAGGCGCUUGUGAAGGUGUUUCGACAUCGCGGUGAAGAUGCAUUGAUAGCUCAACAGCGAAAUGAGGAAGCAAAGCGGCGAGCAGAAAAGGAUUGGCAAGAAAACAGGAAAGUCAAAGCUGGGAUGGCAAUGGACGCAGGAAUGGCACGACUGCAAGAAGAAGGUGGUUUAACAGCUAGGGAUGAAGUUCUAAGGAAAAGGCGGCGGCGGGAGUUGUUGCUGGUUAAGCAGGAAAACACGUGGGCGAUGAACAAAGGGAGGCCUUCCCUGUUGAGGGUAGCAGAAAGAGGUAUUGGUGGAGGAGACCUUUGGGACACUGAUCAUCGUCCUAUGCAGAGAUAGCGGUAGUAGUGUGUGUGUGUGUGUGUGUGUGUGUGUGAGAGAGAGAGAGAGAGAGAGAGAGAGAGAGAGAGAGAGAGAGAGAAAUUCUGCGGGGAGAUUACUCAGAUUCGGCUUGGCGACUGUUUGAUUAUGCUCUUUAUUUCAUUGUUAUUGUAAGCGGCUUUUGUACCGCAUCUUUGUGAAGGCCAAGGCUGGCAGAUGGUGCCAGUUGCUGGUGGUUGCGGACAGAUUUGAGGCUGUAGAAGGUAAGUCCUGUCAGUUCUGGAUCAUGCUCAUGAUUAUUGUCAUCAUACGGGGCUUUCUUUUCGCUUUCGCCGUCGUCGCUUUUCCUGUCACUUCGUCCCCUCUUCAUCUCUCUUGCGGGCAUCAUUUACCCUUUUUCGUUUGUUCGUUGCUCCGUCUCUCUACUGUAUAUAAACGACAAGGGAACACUCACCAACUGGCACCGCUCCCCUAACCCAUGGGGCAGGUUUGGAUCAGAGAGUGUUGAUGUGAGAGAGCUGUAACAGACCCCUCAUUAUGCUGACGUGGGCUUGAGCAGCCAUUGCCGACAGGGGAACACCGAACACUGUGGCCAGUCCCAGCACAGACCCUUUUUCUCCCCCCUUAGCCUACAUUAGCUGGGUCUCGUAACAAACAAUGUUGCAUUGC